AUGGCUCGUCAAGACGGACAUUUAUGGACAGAAACAUAUGAUAGUUCCACGGUUGCUUUCAUGAUUUUAGGGGCAGCCCUGGUCUUCUUCAUGGUGCCAGGGUUAGGUUUUCUUUAUUCCGGUUUGGCAAGAAGAAAAUCCGCCCUGGCUUUGAUUUGGGUGGUGAUAAUGGCUACCUUGGUGGGUAUAUUACAAUGGUAUUUUUGGGGCUACUCACUAGCGUUCUCCAAGACUGCACCAAAUAAUAAAUUUAUCGGGAAUUUGGAUUCUUUCGGGUUUAGAAACGUUUAUGGUAAAAUCUCAGAUGACUCUACAUAUCCAGAAUUGAUUUAUGCAGUUUUCCAGAUGAUGUUCAUGUGUGUGGCAUUGAGUAUUAUAGCCGGUGCCACUGCGGAAAGAGGUAAGCUUUUCCCACAUAUGGUUUUCCUCUUUGUUUUUGCCACUUUGGUUUAUUGCCCUAUCACUUAUUGGGUUUGGGCUCCCGGUGGGUGGGCCUUCCAAUGGGGGGUUUUAGAUUGGGCUGGUGGUGGAAAUAUUGAGAUUUUGAGCGCCGUGGCCGGUUUCAUUUAUUCCUAUUUCUUAGGAAGAAGAAAAGAAAAUCUCUUAAUCAAUUUUAGACCACAUAACGUCUCCAUGGUUACUUUGGGUACUUGUAUUCUCUGGUUCGGUUGGUUGCUUUUCAAUGCAGCAAGCUCAUUGUCGCCAAAUAUGAGAUCUGUCUAUGCCUUUUUCAACACAAAUAUUAGCGCGACCACAGGUGGAAUGACAUGGUGUCUAUUAGAUUAUCGUUCAGAAAAAAAAUGGUCUACUGUCGGGCUGUGUUCAGGUAUUAUUUGCGGUUUGGUUGCGGCCACUCCAAGCUCCGGCUGUAUCACUCUCUAUGGCUCCUUGAUUCAAGGUAUAGUGGCCGGCGUUGUCUGUAAUUUCGCCACGAAAAUAAAGUAUUAUCUGAAAGUAGACGAUUCCCUGGAUUUACUGGCAGAGCAUGGUAUUGCCGGUAUAGUGGGUCUGAUUUUCAAUGCGCUAUUUGCGGCUGAUUGGGUUAUUGGGAUGGACGGUACCACCGAGCAUAGAGGUGGCUGGUUAACUCAUAACUGGAAACAAAUGUACAUCCAAAUCGCAUACAUCGCUGCUGUGGCCGGAUAUUGUACUGUUGUUACAGCGUUGAUCUGCUUUGUGCUAGGUAAAAUCCCUGGUAUGAACCUAAGAGUCACGGAGGAAGCUGAAGCUUUGGGUUUGGACGAAGAUCAAAUCGGCGAGUUCGCUUACGAUUACGUGGAAGUUAGAAGGGAUUACUAUCAAUGGGGCGUGGACACUGAUGCCCUCCAUACCACUUGUAAUGGCGGAAAAGCUGCGCCUGAGACAAAUUCUACUGAAGACAGUCAAAACUCUUCACUAUCUUCAGCCACCGUAAGUGGCCAAAAUGAAAAAACUAACCAUCUUAAACCACAGCACUCAAAAGAAGCAUAG